AAACGACGCUAUAAUAUAAAGCUAUGGAAAACAUUCAUCGAUUGUUUCAAUUGCCUUCCGGUGGCGGCCGUUGUGGACGAGAGGAUCUUCUGCUGUCACGGAGGGCUCAGCCCUGACCUCCAGUCCAUGGAACAGAUCCGACGCAUUCAACGGCCCACCGAUGUGCCCGACACCGGACUACUGGCCGACCUGUUGUGGGCCGACCCCGAUAAGGACAUCAAGGGCUGGGGUGAGAGCGACCGGGGCGUGUCGUUCAUGUUUGGGGCCGAUGUGGUGGCAAAGUUCCUCCAUAAGCAUGAUAUGGACUUAAUUUGCCGGGCUCAUCAGGUGGUUGAGGACGGGUACGAGUUCUUUGCCAAACGCCAAUUGGUGACCAUAUUCUCUGCGCCCAACUAUUGCGGAGAGUUUGACAACGCGGCCGCUCUUAUGACAGUCGAUGAGACCCUCAUGUGUUCAUUUCAGGCAUGUAUUUUCACCCGGAUCAUUGUAACACAAAGUCUUUGCCUUCCAGUCGUGUCUUUGCAGUGAUUAUGGAUCAGCUAUUGGGUGAUAGUGUGGACAGUUGGAUGUGAUGCGGAUGAGCGCGCACCCACUCAUGGAUUUAUGACCAUAUUUAUGACCAUGCGCAUAUUAAUUUUUAUUAGUUUAUAAACCGUGUAUUGUUUUUGUAUUAAUUAUGUUUUGUUCAUAUUUUUGUUUUCAUUAGAUAUUGAAGCCCAUGAAUAAGAAGAAAUAUAG